AUGACAAAGCACUGGGGGGGUCAGAGCAUGCUGGCACCACCCGCUCUCUACCUGCACUGUCCUAGCCUGGAAGGCCACCAAGAUCAUCAACUUGACUUCCAGAUCCAUCCUCUGAGCAACACAGCGCGGAGCUCUCCAGCCCAACACUGGCCCUACUGCCCAAUCCAGGCGCCAGUCCGACAGCCUCCACGGCUCGAGAAGCCUGCCCUUUACCAAUUCAGCCUGGUCUCAGCGCCCAUGGAUAAAGCGACGCCGCUAGACCAGGAGAAAUCUUGGGACGAAGAGAAAAAUGCGAAAAGUGGAAAGAAAAAGAACUAUCAGCGCUACCCCAAACCACCCUACUCCUACCUCGCAAUGAUUACCAUGGUCAUCCAAAACUCUCCAGAGAAGAAGCUUACUUUGUCUGAGAUUCUAAAGGAGAUUAGUACACUUUUCCCUUUUUUCGAAGGGAACUACAAGGGCUGGCGGGACUCAGUGAGACACAACCUCUCUUCCUAUGACUGCUUUGUUAAGGUAUUGAAGGAUCCUGGUAAGCCCCAGGGGAAGGGCAACUUCUGGACUGUGGAGGAGAGCCGGGUGCCUCUGGAGCUCCUCAAGAGACAGAACACUGCCGUGUCGCGCCAGGAUGAGACCAUCUUCGCCCAGGACCUCGCCCCUUACAUCCUGCAUGGGCACCAACAUAAGCCAGACGCAGAGCCCCCGGCCCCACCGCCACCAGUCACUGUUCUACCCCCAGGCCCACUUGUCACUGCUCUACCCCCCUUUCCCACCAGACAACACUCCCCCCUUCAGGAGGAGCUGUACCGGCCCAAGCUGGACUCGUCCUUUGCCAUUGACUCCCUCCUCCACAGCCUGAGGCCGGCCAGCGCUGCAGGAGAGCCUGGCAGGGACUGCUGGGGGGUGGAGCUCCACACUCGUCCACACCCUCGCUACUCCUCCACUGCCCGCAGCGCCUCAGCCAGCUCCGCCAGCCCCGCCUCCUCCUCCUCCGAUGAGGACUGGAGGGGCGUGUCGCAGGGAGGGAAGCGGGUGCCUGAGGGAGAGGCGGGAUCAGAUGGGUACGAGGACUGCAGACUCCCUCCACACAAGUCUGCCCGCAGAGUCUCCGCACCUCCCUGGGAGCUGCCCACCUCGUAUGCCAAGUACACACCGCCCAACGCUGUGGCCCCGCCCAGCAUGCGUUUUAAUGGGGGCCCUCUGAUUCCACUAGGGAUGCCUCUGUAUGGCUAUGGGGGGUCUCCUGUCACAUCCAGCCAUUUUGUAGGUCAUGCCUACUGGCCCCUCUUACCCAGCGGGCGCCCUCCCCUCAUUAUGGACUUGGACGCUAUGCUCCAGUCAGUACCGCCCAAUAAGAGUGUGUUUGAUGCGCUGGGUCCGCCCAAUCAGUCGUCUCACCAGCCUGCUGGUCAGUAUACCCUACAGAGUGGGCCCCCUCUCAGGCGUCAUCCCCAUUAUUGA